AUGACGAUGUCCCGCCUUAUGCUUCAGCCUUUUCGGGCUGUCCCCUAUCACUCUCUCCGGUCGGUCGCAGCGUCGACCAUCGUUGUGACACCCGCCUGGUCCACUCGCUGGUACUCAUCGAACGAAGACGCCAAGAAAGGGGACCCCGCCAAGGAAGCCGACAAGAAGGAGAACAAACUCAAAGAAGAGGAGAAGGAGGAUAGCCCACCCGCGUACACUCACCAUGGGUCAGCCAUCAACUUCAACUGGGCACGCGAGGCCGAAAAGGCGCGCAAGAAGGAGGGCCCGACCAUUUCCGAGGACAACUGGGAGGAUCACGGAGACGCUAAGAUCGAGGAAUUUGAUCAGCUCCCUUACAAAGAUUUCGGCAUCAACCAGCACAUGGAGGUCAACGCCGAGUUCAAAAAGGUCUUGACAAACGUUGUUCGAGAGUUCCGCGCUCCCGUCAUGUACGCCAUGGCCUACGGCUCUGGUGUCUUUCCCCAGUCCAAGACCAGUAGAAGUGUCACUGACGAGGAGUUUCGCACCGUUCACCCCAAGCCGACGUCUUCCUUGAUGGAGGUCCAGAAGGGCGGCCCUAAGAUGAUUGACUUCAUCUUCGGAGUCACCCACACUCAGCACUGGCACUCACUCAACAUGCGCCAGCAUCGCGACCACUACUCUGGCUUGGCCAGCUUCGGCUCGGGCCUUGUCUCCACCUUCCAGGACCGCUGGGGUGCUGGAGUCUACUUCAAUCCGUAUGUCACUAAGAAUGGCAUGCUCAUCAAGUACGGUGUGACCUCUAUCGACAAUCUCUGCACCGAUCUGUCCACCUGGAACAACUUGUAUCUCGCGGGAAGACUCCAGAAGCCGGUUAAAAUCCUGCGCGAUCAUCCUCGAGUUCGUCUCGCGAACCAGGCCAACCUCCUCGCCGCCGUACGCACUGCUCUCCUUCUUCUCCCCCCUAAGUUCACCGAAAAGGAGCUCUACUCUACCAUCGCCCGCAUCUCCUACCUUGGCGACCCGCGCAUGGCUCUCCCAACGGAAAACAAGAGCAAGAUUUCAAACAUUGUUGACAACAACAUGGUCUCCUUCCGCAAGCUGUACGGCCCUCUCCUGAACACCUUGCCGAAUAUCGACUACAGCGAAGGGGCCGACCAGCAGGCGAAGCACAUCUCGGACCCUGAGUACGAUGGCGCCAUGCACCAGGAUAUGGACCCCGUCAAGCGGGGUAACAUGGUCCGCCGUCUUCCCAAGGCCUUCCGCUCGCGUUUAUACUUUCAAUACCAAAAGAAGUUCAUGGUUCCGGCUGCCGACUUUAAGGCCAUGAUGGACGCUUCCAAGAAUGAGGAUGACGUUAGCUACAAGCGUCGCGAGGGCGGCGGCUUCGAACAGCGCAUCGUGCAAGACGACCCUGAGGAGUUGCAAAAGUACAUCCGUAAGGUUAUCAAGCAGACGGUCAACUGGCCCGCCACUGCUCAGUCCAUCAAGGGCUUCUUCACCGCAGGCGUAGGCCGCUCCAUCCGCUACAUGUCUGAGAAGUGGACCAAGUAUAACGAAGGCAAGGCGAAAGCCAAGGCCGAGGAGCAGAAGAAGGCAGAAGAGGACGCCGAGAAACCUGAGAAGUCCGGAUAG